CCCGGGGGAGGAGCCACCCUCCGGCUGUCCCGGCACAGACUGCGAGCAGUUCUCGGUUCCGCUGCCCCAGCCAGCGCCCACGGCGGACGACAUGGCCCAAGAGCGCCCUUCCUGCACCUUGGAGCCUGAGCACCUGCAGCGGCUGCUGCUGUCCUCCCAGGAAGCCAAGAAGUCCGCCUACUGUCCCUACAGCCGCUUCCCGGUGGGGGCCGCCCUGCUCACCCGGGACGGGAGGAUCUUCUCGGGGUGCAACGUAGAAAAUGCCGUCUACCCACUGGGCAACUGUGCUGAGCGGACUGCCAUCCAAAAGGCCAUCUCUGAGGGACACAAGGAAUUCAAGGCCAUUGUUAUCUCCAGUAACCUGCAAGAUGAUUUCAUCUCGCCAUGCGGGGCCUGCCGGCAGGUCAUGAGAGAGAACAAGCCAGUAGGAGAGCAAGAAAGGAAGCAAGACAGAAACCAGAGCCUUUCUGUAACCUCCCACCCGACAAAGCAACAUCCUGUCAAUCUUCACAUAUUCUAUCCUUAGAAGCAAGCCACUGAGACCCAGCCACAUCCUAGAAGGGACUGCACAAGGGCACAAAUACGAGGACGUGGCAUUCUUCAGAUGUGGAAAGUGAAAAUGCACAUGACCAAGAGAAAGAAAGAAAAAACGAAAAGUACAGAAAGUACAGACAGGAGGAGCUGGGGAUGUGGCUCAGUUGGUGGAGCGCUUGCCUCGCAUGACCAGGCCCUGGCUUCAAUCCCCAGCACCACAAAAAAAAAGAAAAAGAAAAGAAAGAAAAAAAGAAAGGUAGGUAGCAGAGGGUCAGAAGCAGCAGGCGUGGUGAGCCCCGGGAAGGAAUUUGAGCUCUAUUCCAAAGGGCACCCUCAGCUUCAGGUAGAGGUGGAGGGUCAGUUUUGUGCUUUAAAUAGAUCCAUCUGCUAAAUCAAGAAAUAAAAGAGAUGUAAAGAAAAUUAUCAGAAAAAAAAAUAGGUAAAAAGGAAAUAUUGUCCUUGGGCUGAGGACUAGGCUUAGGGAAGGUGGGGACAGCAACUGACUUCUUUUUAUCAGGAGCCUGUGUCCAUGCACUGCCAAUGGAGGCUUGGGGGUUGUUUUUGGUUGGUUGGUUGGUUUGCGCAGUUCUGGGGAUGGAUUCCAGGAGCCCAGGCGGGCAGUCUACCAUUGAGCUGAGAAUAAAAAGGAAAGAAAUGUAAUAGCAACAAUGUGGCACAAAUCCUAAAGGGUGGCUGCCCCCAAUGGUUCUGCAGCGGAGGGGCGAGAGGGGGCAGCUCUGACAUUAUCUUCAGGCCUCUCUGCACACCUUCCUUUUCUCCUCCCCAGAAGGAGUGACUGAUGUGACCAGAAGUUCGAAAGCAUGUCACAACCUCUUCUUCUCACCUUGGCCUUAGACAUGAGUGUGCCCACUGAGGACUUGUAUUCCCCCAUGGCUCUUAAACAAAGGCUGGGGACUUGGCAGGCCCUGGGCGGGGGUGCUGGAGACGCUAAGGUGUAAACAUCACCACCUCUGUCCUUACAGAGCUCGUAUUUUAGAGGGGAAGACAGAGAAUGAGCAUCUAGUCCAGUCUGGAGAAGGUCAAAGAAGCCUUUUUGAAGGAGGUGACCCCAAAUAAUUCAGCACUGAUGCAUCAUAAAGGGCAGGGCAGGGGGAUCAGCAAGAAAGACCCUGAGACCAAAAAGUGAGGCACCUUCCUUACCACGCUAAGGAGCUGUCUCGGGCUCCAUUCUGAAGGUUAUGGGUGAGGGCCUAGGAAGGACUUUCUGCAUCAGGUGACACAGCUGUAUUUGUCCUUUAGACAAGCAGUGUAGGGCAGCAGAAAUAUCGACUGCACACACCACUGAUCGAUCGCCUGAACUUCCCCACAAGGCAACGUCACGGUGGCUCCAGUGCCACCGUGCUCUCAUCCAUCUUGGCGCAGGCAAUGUGGAAAUCUCACUGACUACCAAGGUCUGAUCAAAACCCCCAAAACCUCCAGCCCAGGAGUUUUGAGUAGUAGCAGGAUUGUGAGAUUGUGAUCUGGUUGCAGCUUCGCUCUGUCAACAGUUUUAGCAAAAUCCCCUUCCACCUGGGCUGGCAAUUUAGAAAGAGCAUUUCUGAAACGCUCUGUGGAUAAAAGAUGUUGCUGUUCUGGGAAAAUGUGUCUUGUCUCCUGCCAGGAGAGGACAGAAAGCACUGAAACAGUUCCAAGAGAUGCGGUCUAGAGAGGGAAGGUCAAACAGCUCUCCACAGUUCUCUCUCUCUCUCUCUCUCUCUCUCUCUCUCUCUCUCUCUCUCUCUCUUUGUGUGUGUCUUGCCUUUUCCAUUUUUACAUCAGCAUCAGUUCCACACACCACCCUACCUCCCCAUCCUUUGGAGGGUUAAGUGAUGCUUCUUAGGAAUAUUAUAUAAUUUACUAAAACUCAGGUAAAACGCAGGCUUGCCCACCUGGAGGGAAAGGUACAGACCAGAAAAGUACAGACCAGAAAGGAUCCUGUGGCCUCCCCAGGACCCCCCACCCUCCUCUCAUUCUUGCAUCUGAGCAAAUCAAAGCCUGCCUGGUAUAUGUGUGAUGGGUAAUAAAUGCUAUGUGAAUCAA